GUCACGCCCUGGUAAAGGAAGUUUGGUGGUAGGACGUGGGGGAAGAGCGGGGCGCCCACGCAUCUGGGACUGACUCGCUCUUUCGCAAAUCUUCUGGGAGGAGCCCCUGGGGCCACAAAACUUCUCCCUCCCGGGGCUAAUCUCAGAGGUGCAGAGAGGCAGCGAACAGGAGACGCUGCCGGACAUGGGAUUCUCCCUGCUGCUGCAGCUGCUUCUGGUUCAAACCUGCAUACGGGCCUCCUGGGGCCUGCAGUGCGUGCUGUGUGAUAUCACGGGGAGUUGCCAGGUGAAAGAGUGUGCCCCUGAUCAGAACCUCUGCAGGACCACCGCCAUUCACACGUGGCAAGAAAGUGAAGAUCUGGAGCUGGUGGAGAGAGGCUGUGCCCACCCAGAGAAGACCAACCGGACCAUGAGCUAUCGAACAGGCGUGAAGAUCAUCACCCUGACAGAGGCCGUAUGUGAGUCAGACUUGUGCAACCGGCCCAAACCUGGCCGAGUUGUCACCUUUCCCCGAAGCCGUUACCUCGAAUGUGUUUCCUGCGCCUCUUCAGACCUGAGCUGUGAGAGGGGCUUGGACCGAAGCUUACAAUGCCGCAGCCCUGGAGAAGAGUGCCUGGACAUGGUGACCCACCACAGCCUGGAAGGAAAUCCAGGUGAUGAGCGCCAUUCCCGCGGCUGUGGCAACCUUCCUGGCUGCCCAGGCCCCACCGGCUUCCACAACAACCAUACCUUCCACUUCCUGCGGUGCUGCAACACCACCAAAUGCAAUACGGGCCCAGUCCUGGAACUUAGAAACCUGCCACUGAAUGGCCUCCAGUGUUACAGCUGUGAAGGGAACAGGACCCAUGGAUGCUCCUCUGAAGAGACCUCCCUCACCGACUGCCGAGGCCCUAUGAGUCGAUGUCUGGAAGCCACAGGCACUCAUGAGCUGGGGAACCAAAGCUACAUAGUAAGGGGCUGUGCGACGCCCUCAUGGUGCCAAGGCCUACACGUGGCUGAAGCCUUCAGACUGACCCAUUUCGACGUCUCAUGCUGUAUUGGAAAUAGGUGUAAUGACCCAAUGCUGGAUAUUCAGCCCCGCAGAGGGGGCGCCCCUCGGCCUGGCCCUGACCACCUCAGCUUCACCAUCGGCACCCUACUUGUGACUGCCAGACUAUGGGGAGGCACUCUCCUUUGUACCUGAACCCCACAUUCUCCCUGCCCUGGCUGGAUCCAGGGAUCCCUUUGCCCUUCCCUCAGUUCCCAGCCCUGCAGACUUGCUGUGUGACUUCAGGCUAGUGUGCUGUCUUCUCCGGGCCUGUUUUCCUAGCUGUGAAAAUACCUAUCUUUGUAUUUUGAAUUGUGAGAACCUGAGGAAAAAUGCUGGAGAAAGGCGCUGGGCCAUCAGGAGAUCUCUUCUUACUAUUAAUAUUGUUACUGCUGUUGUUGUUAUUAUUAAUUAAUAUUUGUUUUAUUUAAUAUUUUAUACUUACAUAAAGAUUUUUGUAUCAGUGAACAAGGCCAGAUCUGCCCUUCUC